AUGCAGUUGUUUGCAUCCACCAAAGCCCCUUUGCGCCUGCGUAAACAAGUAGCCGAGGGUCGUGCUGAGCCAUUGUUCUCCGCAAGUGAGGUGUCUGCUUUGCGAUCUUGCUGGAAAAACUGGUUCCGUGAGCAGGGGUUCACGCAGGAGAUUGACUGGACGGUGGCUCCAGGGCAACCCUACGCGUUGAAUGCACUUGGGUUGUUGGCCCAGGCUCUGCAGGACCGUGAUGUCCAUCUGUGGCCGGCCUUGCGCGAGGGGGUCCCCACUGGGGUCGCACAUGACAUCCCUCCCAGCAACACUUUCAUCCCAGUUCCAUCGUGUGGUGAGGCUGCAGACCCCGAAGAUUUCAAAAUUUGUUCUGGAAACUGGCCCGGAGCCGAGUCUGACCCAUCCCUUCUAGAAGAAAUGAUACAGUCAGAAUUGCAAGCCGGGUAUGUGGAAGCCGUGGGUUCCUUGGAGGAGGCCAAGCGCAGAUGGCCUCAAGUUGCAGUCGGCGAAGCGAACAUUGUGAAGGCCCCUGGGCGCAAACCCCGGCUCAUCAUUGAUCCGACCGUCUCGGGUACCAACCCAGCGUGUUUGAUCCCAGAGCGCUUCAUGCUGCCGGGUCUGUCGGACAUCCAGGCAGGUUUCCCCAUCAGGGCAUGCUCAGAAGAGGUCAGCGGCUUCAGCCUGGACAUUGCGGCAGCCCACAAAACAGUGCGGAUUCGCGAAUCCGAACAAGGGCUGCUAGGCAUUAAGGUCUUUCGACCGCUGGCCCUUUCCCCGUUGAACCCUUCAGUUUCGCUGGCGGCGGAUGCUUGUGCUAGUUUGGAUAAGAUUGGCAUUGGGGGUUGGGUCGCGUUUGAGGGUCAGCCCCGCAUUUGGUUUGCCGAGUCCUUCCAGGUGUCCGAUUUCACAUCAUUGGGGCUCCCAAUGAAGGCGGAGGCAAACCUCGACAUUGUCUUUUAUGAGACUUUGGCUCAGAUCGGUCUGAUGCUGUGCUUCGCAACUGCGUGUGUUGGGGGCCGCCUUAGAGUGUGCAUUCCCUCCUGGAGCGACAACUCAGGAACGGAGUCUGUGGCCAACAAGUUGUUUACCACAGUGGUCCCCUUGUGCUACUUUGCGCAGCGUCUCGCAACUUUAGCCUGGAGCGCCGCAGUGACUCUGGAUUGCUCUCAUAUCUCAGGAUGUCAUAACGACAAGGCGGAUUGGCUUAGCAGGUGGAAUGGUGCUGACCCGCUGCCUUCUGACUGGAAGAGCGACUAUCGCGUCAGGCUUCCCUUGGCAAUGUUGUGGGAAGGUGAAAAGGAUAUUCGUCUGUUUCCAUCAGAAGCACGUUUGCUGUGGAAACCGCUGCUUCCAGCCGGCACGUCUUAA